GCUAACAUAUCCGCUCCGCCGUCUGUCUACGGCUAGUUUCACAUCAACAAUGAGUGUUUCUGCUGCUGUCAGUGACAUACACGCCAUUAUUUCAAUAAAUAUUCUAAAAAUUUAUUGUGUUUAGUUCAUUAUCUCUGCUACAGAGCAGCAUCUGACUCAGACAUCAGACACUGGUACAAAAACACGGAGAGGACAUAUCACCAAAACAAUUGAAAGAGGUGUGCCGUGGGUGUGUCCACAAUGGCUGGUGGAAGGAGAGGAGCAAAUCGUACCACAUACUGCAGACCUCCGUUAAGCAGUGAUUCAGGCUCAGUUGGCAAUGGAAAUCACACAACCAGCUCCCCAGUCACAGGGGUGAGAUCUCGCACUAGCAGGAACAGCCCAGGGACGUGCAUGUCCAGUCCUCCUCUCGCGGCCCAGACCGUGGUUCCUCUGAAACACUGCAAGAUCCCAGAGUUGUCCAUGGAUCGAAAUGUGUUGUUCGAGCUCCACCUUUUCUUCUGCCACCUCAUUGCGCUCUUUGUGCACUAUGUCAACAUCUACAAGACUGUGUGGUGGUACCCCGCAUCUCACCCUCCCUCACACACAUCACUGAACUUCCAUCUUAUUGAUUAUAACAUGCUGGUGUUCACCAUCAUCAUACUAGCAAGGAGGUUAAUCGCAGCCAUUGUUAAAGAGGCGUCACAGAGUGGGAAACUCUCUUUCCCUCACUCGAUCUUUUUAGUGAUGGCGCGGUUCGCAGUGCUAACGCUGACAGGUUGGAGCCUGUGCCGCUCUCUCAUUUACCUCUUCAGAACCUAUUCAGUCCUCAGCCUGCUCUUCCUCUGCUACCCAUUUGGGAUGUAUAUUCCCUUGUUCCGACUGAGCUGUGACUUCCGACGAGCAGUUCCGCUCUCACCCAUCACCAGCAUUGGCUCCAAAGAGGUCGGCGGCGUCGGCCGGGGCAGGGAUUAUCUGACUGUGCUCAAGGAGACAUGGAAGCAGCACACCAGCCAGCUGUAUGGUGUCCAGGCCAUGCCCACUCACGCCUGCUGUCUAUCCCCUGACCUAAUCCGCAAGGAGGUGGAGUACCUGAAGAUGGAUUUUAACUGGAGGAUGAAGGAGGUGUUGGUCAGCUCAAUGCUCAGUGCUUACUAUGUGGCAUUCGUACCUGUGUGGUUUGUCAAGAGUACCCAGUAUGUGGAUAAGCGAUGGUCUUGUGAGCUCUUCAUCUUGGUGUCAGUCAGUACCUCAGUCAUCCUCAUGAGGCAUUUGCUGCCCCCUCGAUAUUGUGACCUGCUUCACAAAGCUGCAGCCCACCUCGGGUGCUGGCAAAAAGUAGAUCCCUCACUCUGCUCCAAUGUCCUCCAACACAUAUGGACUGAAGAGUACAUGUGGCCACAGGGAGUCCUGGUAAAACAUAAUAAGAAUGUAUAUAAGGCCAUGGGCCACUAUAAUGUUGCAGUCCCAUCAGAUGUUUCCCAUUAUCGCUUCUAUUUCUUCUUCAACAAGCCUUUACGAAUAUUGAACAUACUCAUCAUCCUCGAAGGUGCCAUGAUAUUCUACCAGCUCUACUCGUUGAUAUGCUCGGAAAAGUGGCAUCAGACGAUAUCGCUGGCCCUGAUUCUCUUCAGCAACUACUACGCCUUCUUCAAGCUCCUCAGAGACAGAAUAGUUCUUGGAAAGGCAUACGCAUACUCAAACAACUCAUCAGACCACAAAGUUAGUUAGACUUAAGUUAUUGUUCGUCUCACUCACGUUUGGAACAAGAUAAACAAGCCUAAGAUCUCUGUAUUUUUUCUACAAACGGCAUUUUUGUGUCACAUUUUUGUUCUGACCUGCCAUAAUAAAAAGAAAUAUUUUUGUAUUACUUUAAA